AUGCUCUCCGCAGCUACGAAUUGGUGGAAGAAAGACACGACACUGCACAGCUUCCUCUUCGUGCAGUUCCUCAUCGGUCUACCGUUCUUCGUCUUCGGGACAUACUCGCUCUACCAGAUACAGACUGUCGGCUUCCUGAUCGGCCACGACGGCACUGGGCAGCCAUGCGCGACCUACUGCAUCGUCCCGUGGGCUGGCUCGGAAAAGGACAUCAACGCCAUCAUCCUGUACCUCAAUGCGUUGACGUUCGGGCUGGGAGGCGUGGUGACUUUGUUGCUGGCCGCAUACUCGGACUAUUGGAGACACAAGCAUAUCCUCGUCACGGGAUCCAUCGUACUCUAUGGCGCGUUCUCGGUACCAGCAUACUGGCUACAGAGCUACACUCUGUACAAUCUUAACGUGCUAUCUGCCCUAUACAUCCUAUUUCAAGUCAUCACCCUCGUGCUGAUGGCCAUAUUGAACAUCUACAUACCGCACUGCAUGCGACUCACUCAAGUAACAGCACCCGACGAUGGAAGCGCAACUUCGAGCGUCAUGGUCUCCGAAAGCUUGGCCGAGUGCUCGAAUGGAAAGAGAAAGUACGGAUUCAAUAUGUCACUCCUCGGCAUGGUGAUGAAUGGCGUUGGCGGGAUUGUCGUCUACGCUGUUGUCAUCAUACUCACACAGACGCUGUCCGGCGAGGCUGCGCAGUCGUCAGGCCUCCUUGUUUCGACAGUCAUCGGCUUCGUCACAAUGGCUGGAUCGGGGGUGGCGUAUCUCGGCCUGCCCGCGCUUCCAUCCAGGUCGAUCUCCGAGCUCAGAGGCAGCAUCUUCCGGCCUGUCGUCGAGUUGAUCAUGCCCUUGAAGGAACUGCUUGUACGGAAGAACAUGGCAGCGCUCCUCGUCUCUUACACAAUCUGGACAGACACUAUCUUCGCCAUCAACUCCAACAUCAGUCAGCUGUUCAUCGCCGAGAUUCGCCCCGGUGCCCUGGAGUUUUCGCUCUACUCGCUCGCUCAAAGCCUGUUUCUUUUGGGGACUUCACUAGCGUUUUUGUUCAUCCAGCCACAGUUUCGGAUCCGAUUGGAGACGUGGUACAUUGUCGGUCUCGUCGUUACGCUGAUCGUUCCCGCUUGGGCAUGUAUCGGCAUUGCGGAUGUGAAUUUCGGCUCCAAGUUUCUCGUUACUCACCCACCAUCGCAUCACUACACCGUGCUGACGAGAGGAUCACCGAACUUGCAGAUGAGAUGGGAGUUCUACAUCCAGAUCCUCCUCCUACAACUCGCCCAAGCCUUCGUCAAUGGCGCCUUCCGCGUCCUCCUCUCCGAAAUGAUCCCCAUCGGCAGCGAGAUCCGCUGGUUCGGAAUGCAAUUGGUGCUGUCGUGUGGGACGGUCUGGGUCAACUAUGUCGCCUCGGCUCCUUUGCAAAAUGCCACUCACCAAUUGCGGUUCCCGCUGAUUCUUAGUUUGGUUUUUCUGGUCGUGGCAAUUGUCUUGGAGGCCGCCCGGGUCAGCUUGGGUGUCUUCAGACGGGAUGCGGAGAAGUGGCGGAGGAUCGACAAGACUGGGAUGUUCGAUGAGGAUCCCGUGGCGGGUGGUGAGGCGGUGGUGUCGUCCGCUGAGGGCGAGAAGCAAGCCCAGGUCCAUUCGCAGCAGGUUCCGCCAAGUUGA